UGCUCCACUUCUCUUCUGACGGUUAUGAAGUUUCAUCAUCUUCUUCCAAAACCUUUUCAUCUACUCUCAUCUGUAUAAAUGUCUCAAAUCACAUGUUAUUGUCCAUUAAAUUGUUUCUCUUUUUUGUGCCUGGAUGAUAUACAGGGAUUUGUUGACAGAGAAACUACUCUUAUUGGAACAUUGACAGUCCGUGAAUUCCUCUACUACUCAGCAUUGCUUCAGCUUCCUGGUUUUCUUUGUCAGAAAAGGAGUUUGGUGGACACCGCUGCAUGAAAGGUCUUCGAAGUGGCGAGAGAAGGCGUGUCAGUAUACAGUAUAUAAAACCUUGGUAGCUGGUUUCUCCUCACUACUCAUCAGCAGAGACAAUGAGUAAAGAAGCCAAAAAGGAGCUCGUUAAGGAACCGAAAAUAAAGACAAUGGAGGAAGAGAAGACAGAAGAACUAAAACAACAUUCUCCUUUAAUUUUGUGCAUAGACUUGCAUUGUUUAGGAUGUGCCAAGAAGAUUGAGAGGACCAUUUCAAAGAUCAGAGGGGUAGACAGAGUAAUGAUAGAUAUGGAGCAUAACCAAGUGACAAUAAGCGGAGUGAUCGAACCACAAGCAGUGUGUGCCAGCAUUGUUAAGGAAACAAACAGAACAGCAAAAGUAAUUUCGCCUUUACCACAAGCUGAUGAACCUAUUCCUGGAGUUGUUGCUUCACAGGUUAACAGAUUGACGACAGUUGAGCUAAUUGUUAACAUGCAUUGUGAGGCAUGUGCCAAACAGCUUAAAAGAAAGAUUCUAAAAAUGAGAGGGGUGAGAACCGCGGAAACAGAUCUGACCUCAGGGAAAGUAAUUGUAACAGGAAGCAUAGACGCCAACAAGCUCGUUGACUAUGUCCACAGAAGAACUAAAAAGCAGGCCAAUAUUGUACUUCAAGAUGAACCCCGGAAGCAUAAGGGAGAACAAAAUCCAGAUGAAGAAGCUAAGAAACUCGAAGAAGGUGACGAAGAAAGAAACAAAGCAUCAGGAGGAGAAGAAACCAUCAAUAAGAUGAUGUAUUAUUAUCAACCACUUUAUGUGAUUGAAAGAAUCCCACCUCCUCAACUCUUCUCCGAUGAAAAUCCUAAUGCAUGCUGCAUAACGUAACCAAUAAUAAGAGGUACUCGAAAGAUCAUUUUCAUCUAUUCAAAUUGUAAGUGAUCAUAGGAGAUUAUUUUCUCGGAGUUUCAUGAUAUCAUGGAAGCACACUCUCCUAUGUUUCUUAUGCAUUUUUAUAUCAGCCA